UUCACAGUCCAGAGCAGAUCUAUUGACACUUGGUUUGGCUGUAACUUGUAUUUUAAAUGGUCUUGUAUGGCUUUCAAUUAGACCGAAAUCUAUAUCUGUGGUAAAUCCUGAAGGGGUGGAAUGCCAGAGGAUAUUUUCUGAUUUUCCCGAUUUCGUCAUUUCUGAGUUACUCUGGGCAUGGGAGUCUCUCUCAUAUGCGACAUGCUGCAGGUCUCUAGUUGUUGUUUAUGAUGGAAUCUGCAUUUUACAAAUAGGAUUUGCUGCUGCAUCUUCGUCCGAUGAAGGUGGAGCAAUGGUUGUCGAUGCCCACAAAUUGGUGCUAGGCUCCCUUUAUAAUGGUGUCAUAAAAUCUGGAUCACAAAGUUACUUGGCCAAUUUAUCUCUAUAUCCUGGGAAGUCUGAGCUACCAUUUUUACCUUCAAACACACAGGUAAUUUUUGUCUAUAAUUAAAAACUAAUUUGUUUUAUUAUCUAAUAACAGUUAUUUAUGUAAUAGAUAUCUAUUUUUGACAUGGCUAUUCAUUAUUAAGACCAGCAAAAUAAACAAGAACAUUUCAAUACCUAAUGUUGUUUUCACAUUCUC